UCUUGUUUUGAAAGUCUCCCCCGGAAUUGUCAUGUGGCUACACUGUAGGCGGAUGACAUAUGGCAGGCGAGAGACACUGCUCAUCACGGCUGUCUGUUGUUGGAUGCUCGCUCUUUUUGUGUCCUAUUGUUUGUCCGGUUCACUCUGUCAAGACCAGCCCAAACUAACACUUUACUUCUCUCCUAAAAUCUCACUAUUAGAGCGUCACUGCGUCCGUUUUAGCAAAAAAAAAAAACGUGCUUAUUUUGGUAUUAUAUGGUCCGGAGGUCGACUGUGUUAACCGGUUCGAGUGACGGCCGAGCUGAGGGAGACAUGAACCCGCCGAGGAGCCGCAGCAGCCGGGGGAGGAGGACGUGAAAGACCGCUGACACUUCCACUCCGGUCGCCGCCUCGAAGGAUAUUGUCGCCUGGUGUCUGCGACGCGACUCAAUGUGAGGGACACUUUUACCUGCUUCCGGACAGCCUUCAGACAAAUUAGCCACUUCCGGCUUACAUCUAAUGAUUUCUUAUUAGUGGUAUUACCUAGACUGUUAAACAAGAAAACAAUCGGAACACCAUCGAUUUAUUCAAUCCUGGUUAAGCAGUUUUGAAGAUGACACCUGACUUUUUAGUCUUCAACUUUUCUUUGUAGCUUGCCGCACCUGUGUUCCUGUUAUUAUGGAAAAAUGAAGAAUGCACCACGCCAGGCGAUAAAUCAAAUUCCUGAGGCAAACGUCCAUCUUUUGCUGCUGCUCAGGCCCAGGGGCCACUACCCUCCACUUCCACAGGCUCAUCUGUGAGCACCUCUACCUGGGCAGCCAGACUCCCAAGAACGCCUUGCAGAAGGGAAGGAAAGGAUUGGAUUCGGGGGAUUGUUAUUCCGGGGACAGGCGGAGGACGACAUGGGGUGCUGCAGUGGCAGGUGCACCCUGGCCUUCAUCUGUGGCAUGCAGCUGAACAUCUGGACUUCCUUCACAGGCGUGUUUCUGAGAGGACAUCCACCUACAGAAUAUCAUCAAGUCAGCGUCUUGGAGCGUCAGAUCGUUGACUUCCUGGGCUACCAGUGGGCUCCCAUUCUGACCAACUUCCUGCACAUCAUCAUAGUCAUCUUGGGCCUGUUUGGCACCAUCCAGUUCCGACCGCGAUACGUCACUGGGUACGCCGCCUGGCUGGUCGUGUGGAUGACCUGGAAUGUGUUCAUCAUCUGUUUUUACCUGGAGGUUGGAGAUCUGUCCAAGGACUCAGACCUAGUCCUGACGUUCAACCUGUCCAUGCAUCGGUCCUGGUGGAUGGAGAACGGGCCCGGGUGCAGGGUGACCCCCGUCACCCCUCCUCCCUCCUGGGCACCCGAGGACCACCGCUACAUUUCGAUAUCGGGCUGCCUGAUGGAUUUUCAGUUUGUGGAGGUUGCUCACUCCUCGUUGCAGAUCUUGCUGGCUUUGGUGGGGUUCAUCUAUGCCUGCUACGUGGUCAAGAUCAUCUCGGAGGAAGAGGACAGCUUUGACUUUAUAGGGGGCUUCGACUCGUACGGAUACCAAGGACCUCAGAAGACCUCCCACCUUCAACUACAACCUAUGUACAUGUCCAAAUAAAAGACCAGGAACUUCUUUAGAAGAGCUGCCUUACCGCUUUGUUUUGUGUUUGUUUGUUUUUACUCUAAAAGUAUUUUUGAGGAAGGAAACAAGAGGACACCGAGUCCUUCCAGUUUUUCUCUGAUGAAGUAAGAGUGACUUCUGGUGGUGGGAGUCACUAACUACAUUAGCGGUUAUAAGAACAUUUUUGAGCACCUUCAUGGCCAACUACUGGAACUUCCCCUUGCUCUUUAGUGCCUGGUGAGACUUCCUGACAACAACAACAACAACCAAACAAGGAAUGUCUGACAUCUUUUUUUUCUACUUCCUCAAAAAUUUGGAUCGUGGAUGUUAGCAAAGCAUCACAGACAUUUUAAAAAGACACAAAGCGACGUCCAAACGUGCUAAAACGAAUUCAUGUUUACAUCUUUGACAAGACUUUUUUAAUCAAACAACUGUUUGUGCUUUUUCAGACCUCGGUUGUCUGAAUAAUUUGUCUUCCAGCCACAAGAGGCGGGCAGGAAGAAGACCAGGUAGAGGUCAGGCAGCCUUUUUUGCUUUCUUUUUUUUUUAUUGUUUGCCAGUAGCAUCCAUCCCUAACUAAGAAAUGCUCCAAAGUUGACGUGUUGGCUCGACACAAAUGACAAUCACAGUCAGGGCGGCCUCCAUUUGUAUCUCAUUUAAAGUCAAAAAACAAUGUUUAAUUCUUAAAGA